GCCAAUACAUCUUGACUCUGAACAACGACCACCAUCGAUUACACGUCCUCAAGGCCUCAAUCACGCUGUGUUUUUGAGUGCUUUACAAGCCACAUCGCAAAUCUAUCCCAAGAUCCAUCCCCGCUACUAGUAAUCUUGACUCACUUUCACGACUUCACGCAGCUUUCACAAUGGAUGAAGACAUGGAGUUCGACACAGUGUCCUCGGGCUACGCUCAACAGGCAGAUCUCCCUCAGCAAUACCAAGCACACAUGAACGGCGGGCACCCACAAGACGGGCGCAAAAUGCUGGAUCUUGUCUUUGUGCAGGACUGCACAGGUAGCCAGGGCAGCUACAUUUCCUCGGCGACAAAGAACAUCGAGGAGAUCUGCAACCACAUUUACGAAUCCGGCAGGCUGCAGAGUCGCGAGGAUCUGCGCAUCGGUCUCGUUGCGUACCGCGACCAUCCACCUCAGGACCACACGUAUAUCACGAAGAACUUCGGAUUCUCGUCAGAUAUCUCGGAGGUGCACAAGCACCUGUCGAGCCUUUAUGCGUCGGGUGGCGGCGAUGGUCCGGAGGCGGUCACUGCAGCACUGGCAGAGGCCGUGGCCAUGGACUGGCGGCAGACCGCUAGCAAGAUGGUUGUGCUCAUUGCCGAUGCUCCGCCUCAUGGCAUAGGAGAAUACGGGGACGGCUUCGAUGAGGGCUCGCCUGACGGUAACGACCCAUUACAGCUGGCAAGGCUGAUGGCCAGCCGCGGUAUCACCUUGUUCUUUGUUGCUUGCGAGCCGGCCUUGAGUGGCUACUCUUUCGCAACAGACUUCUUUCAGGCUAUGACCAAUAUUACGUCCGGCCUAAUGCUGCCCUUGACAACUGCGGAUCUCCUGACGCACGCCAUCGUCGGCAGCGUGCUCGAAAACCUCGACAUGGAACGAUUAGUCCGCGAGGUCGGCGCGGCUGUAUCCCAACGGAUUCUGGGCAACAACGAGAGCGUCGACGAUGUUGCCCGGGAGCUCCAUGAACGCCUGCUGCUCCGGAAUGAAAGCACUAAGAAGGUCGUCAUCGAGAGCAUCUACCGCGAGUCCGAGGAGGCCAAGCACAAUGUUAGCGUCUACAUGCAGGCACCUAGCCUGAAUGAAGCACGACCGCUCUUGAAGAGGGUUCCAGGAACAAGAUUUACGGACAAAUAUCUACAUGCGCGCAUGACCUCUUCGAGGAGUUCCUACGCCUACUCUCCUUACCUCCCUGCACGGCCUGGUACGUCUAGUACGUCGUCAAGCAGCGUCAAGUCGUCGUCGCCGACGUUUUCGUCGGGCUCGCCACCGCGAAAGGUGGUGACGGACUUUGCGGCGUUUGGUGCGCCGAAGAAUGCAAGUGUGUUCGGCACCGCGGUUGCGUCGACGCCGUUCUCGCUUGCGGGCGGGAAGGCGGCGUUCGGCGGCAUUCGCGGGAAUGGACGCGGGGCAGCAUUCGAUGACGACGAUGACGAGGAGGAGGAUGAUGGGCGGCAACGCGUUGAGCUGCGUGAGGACUCGAUCACGCUCGAUCAGGCGCGGCGGAUUGCUAUGCAGAGCGCGUGGAGGAGUGCCCGGGUAUAAAGCUUGAAGCGCCAUAUCCUUCGUCUAUACGUCCCGGUGACAAACUCUUUCGAUGGCUGGUUUUGGUUCCCGCUCGUAAUACCAUCGUUUGCUUCUCGUUCUGCAGCUUGGAUUCCCAGUCUCAUGAUGACCCAUAAUCUGAGCUGUCGUUAGCAGAGCUUGUAUGUAUAAGUUUGCAUUCGUGAAUACCAACAUGUACCAAAUACAACCCGUGUAGAUACACAGACAAGAAUGUGCAAUGCAAUGAGGAUACCCGCA